AUGAAUAUGCAAGUAUUGGAGGAUGAGAUUAUGUUAUCUGAUGGGAGAAUAAUAAAAAUGCCUGUAAAGAAUGAAGAAGACAAAAAAGAUAGUUCCAAAGGGAAAAUAAAAAUUGACAAGGUGCCUAAUGUGUGGGGUAGUAGUGCAGGUGCAGGAAGUGAUUACUUUGAUCUUUAUAGAAAGCAGAGGAAUGAAGAAAAUGAGAGAAUGGAAUUAAUUGAAAAAAAUUGGAAAGAGUAUACAGAGAAUCAGAUAUUUCAAUCGAAAAGAAAAGAGAAGAUAGAUUAUAUACAGAGAAAGAGUGAGAAACGAAAAAAUAAAAGAUUAAUGAAAAAAAAUAAGAUUAAAGAGUUAAGAAUUAAUAAAAAGGGAAAUAAAAAUGAUACAACAACACAAGAUAAACAAUCAUUAUUAGAUAAAUGUGAAGAAAAAUUUGUGGAUAAAUUACAAAAAGAGGAAGAUAAUUAUAAAAAAAAUAAUAAAAGUGAUAAUAAUAUAUCAUUGGAUGAAUUACAAAAAACAGAUAGUGAUGAAAAUGAUGAGUCACGUGCUCCACCAGUUGACACAAAAAAUUUUCUAGUGGUUAAAGAGGAUGAAGUUUUAUAA